GAUUCAAAAACCCCAGUUACUCUUGCCAAAGUUAUCAAAGUUUUAAACCGUACCGGUUCUCGUGGUGGUGUCACUCAAGUUCGUGUUGAAUUUAUUGAUGGUUCUUCUCGUACAUUAUUAAGAAAUGUCAAAGGUCCAGUUAAAGAAAAUGAUAUCCUAGUCCUUAUGGAAUCCGAACGUGAAGCUCGUCGUUUUAGAUAA